UAUGCAUUCAAAUACAAAGAAAUGAAAUCUCUCCUCUCUUUUUUUUUUCUUUCUCUCUCAUCAAUUCAAUUCAAUUCAAUUCAAUCCUCUAUUCCUGUUUUUCUCUCUCCUUCUUUUCCGAUUCUACCAAAACACGUCAAAAACCUCUUCUUUGGAACGUAAAACCACCUUUCCCCUGCUCACAAACCACCUAUUUUCCCCUCUGUAAAUACGCAAAACCACCCUUGUAAUCUUCCUCCUAAACCGGUUUUUGCAACCUUUUUCUGUUUUUUGUUUUCUGGAAAUUUUGUGGAAUGAGGUUAUGGUAUUUCGUUAAUGUAGAACAAUCUCUAAAUUUGUACAGAGAGGAUUGAGAUUAAUUCAUGAUGAAGGAAACAGAGAUGAUUAUGAUGAUGAAUUGGGGUACGUGGGAAGAGCUUCUUCUUGGUGGUGCUGUUAUCCGCCAUGGAACCCGAGCCUGGGAUGCUGUAGCCUCGGAACUCCGAUCCAGAACCAUUUAUCCAUUCUCCUUCACACCGGAGGUAUGUAAAGCCAAAUAUAGAGACUUGAGAAAGCGAUAUUGCGGAUGCAAGACUUGGUUUGAAGAGCUUCGAAAGCAAAGAGUUGCUGAACUAAAACGUGAAUUGGUGAAGUCCGAUGACUCCAUUGGAUCAUUAGAAACAAAGAUCGAGAGUUUGAAAGCUGAGAAAGUUGAAGAUCAGCAUCAGGAUAAUGAUAAUAUCCACAUGGUUAGAUAUGACCCAAGCCCAAUUGUAUCGCCAGAUUCUAAUGGAAGUACAGAAAGAAUUGGGUUUCACCGGAAGGAAACAUCGAAUAAUUCUAAAGAUGGAUUAUCAGCCAGUAGUUUUACCGAAGAAACUCGUACAAACUGGUCACGGGUGUGUCAGGUUCCCACGGCAACUGUAUCGAAUCAAGAAAAGGAGAAUCUCAUCGAUACAGACCCUGAAGAUGCAAAAGUAAAUCCAGAGAAUAUGAGGAAUGUUGAAGAAGUUUGUGCUGAUAUUCCGAUCAGUAAUUUGAGGAAAAGAAGAGGGAAAAGGAAGAGAAAAGAUUGUAGUAGUAUAGAACUGAAGAAGGAAGCAAGUGUAGGAGAAAAUGGAGAAAGUGAUGUACUGAGUACAGCUGAGGUUGCUAUGAAUGGUCCAGAUUUUGAUGAUCAGAGUGCAAAACUUUCUGAUAGAGUUGACCAGACAGUUGUCGUCAAGGGAGGAGAAAAACUUGAUUUGAUGAAAAUCUUUGAAUCAUUCAUGGAGAAUGAACAUGCAUCUAUGUUUUGCUCCCGCCUUGAUAGUCAGAAGAGAGCAAGGUACAAGAAUACCAUUCGUCGGCACAUGGAUUUCAACACCAUAAGAGCAGGAAUUAGCAAUGGUUCAAUUAAAUCAACCAGAGAACUUUAUAGAGAUAUUCUUCUACUCACCAACAAUGCCAUAAAUUUCUAUUCAAAAAAUACACGCCAAUACACCUUUGCUAUCAGCCUCAGGAAUCUUGCCAAAAAUACAUUCCAGCAAAUUCAGUGUGUGUCAUGUUUAGAUUCUGGUGGAGAUAGUAUUGGCGGAGGUGGUGAUAGAAUAUCUUGUGAAGCACAGCAAUUCAGCUUACCUGUAAAACCUAGAAGUAUACGACCUCGUAUCCGGAAAGUCAUUGGAAAACUCGUGACAGAAGAGAGAAUGUCACCCAAGAAGGACGGCAAAAAGAGUCAACCUGAGGUGGAAGAUAUGCUUUUUCCCACAAGAGAAACAAAGAAAGGUAAAGCAGAGACUACAGAAGAGGUUAGUACUUUGAAAAAAGAUACUAAGAAAGGUCAAACUGAGAUGGGGGAAAAAGUUACCUUAAAGCUAACAAAGAAACGUAAGACUGAGGCGGAAGAAAUAAUUGCCCAGAAGCCAGUGAAUAAGAAUAGUAAAACCGAGGUGCCAAAACAGAUGAUUCCUUCUAGAAAAGAAACCAAGAAAGGCAGUUCCGAUGCUAAGAUUUUGGUGGAGUCACCGUUAGUGGCUUUGGAGGUGGUGAAGAAAACUGGAGCAGGUAGAAGUAAGAAGGUUGGGAGAGGAAAUGGUGGUGGUCAAAAACCGAAACGAGUUGACACUGAUGCAGUGGUAAAGGAAAGGAAAAGAACGCGUAGAAGGUGAAAUGCAGCAAAAUCAACCUUUUUUUUCUUUUCUGUGUGCGCUUUUUGUAUAUAGAGAGAAUCUGUUUCUGUGAAUUUUGAGGAACUUAGUGUAUAACAAGUUUUUUGCUGCCGGUUAUUUUGUAUGUGUACAGCACCAAUGGCGGCAGUUAAUUAGAUGAUUCUUUUUUUUUCCA